AUGUUCGACAGCUUGAAGAAGAAGCUCUCCAGACGAGGCUCGAAUCCACUCGUACAGAAGUCGGCUACUCAAGGCGGUUAUCUUGCACCUGGCAAUAACAGCCCGCUCACUAAUCCAUCGCCGGCGACUCGCCGUCCUAGUGGCUCAUCUACAAAUCCUCUCGCACAACAAGGCGCAAACAAUGACCCACCCCCAGCUUACACUCCCGGCCCAGCAACGCCAGCACCUGUUGCUCACCAAGCCCCCAUCACGCCAGCCACAGAUGAUGACCCCUAUGCCUUUCUCCGGAACUUCGACACCGUCUUCCUAAUCGACGACUCAGGCUCCAUGGCCGGCGGCCGCUGGCGCCAAGUCGAGCAAGCCCUCAGCGUUAUCGCGCCCAUCUGCGCCGAGCGCGAUGAGGACGGCAUAGACGUCUACUUCCUCAACAACAAGAAAAUCUUCCAGGACGCCAAGCCCGGCGGGCAGACCUUCACCGGCAAGCGCCUAUAUGAGAUCCUGACGCCAAUUCUUGCGCGCUACAAGAGGAACCCGACCGGCACGAAGCCUGUGAAUGUCAUUGUGAUUACGGAUGGUCAGGCGCAUGAUGAUGUCGCGGGCACGAUCCAGGAUGUCGCGAAGAAGUUGGAUAAGUGGGAGGCACCGCCGUGGCAGGUGGGGAUUCAAUUCUUCCAAAUUGGGAAUGAUCCCGAAGCCCGAAGCAUGCUGAAGCAACUUGAUGAUGAGCUGGCCGGUAACGAUGACUUGCGGGAUAUCGUCGACACGGUGCCCUUCACUAGCGAGACCGGCGGCCAGUUAUCAGGGGCGGGCAUCAUGAAGGUGAGCACAAACAAAACUAUCUCAAAUAUCUACGAGCUAAUGAGAAUGCAGGUGGUCCUCGGUAGCGUCAACCGCCGUCUGGACAGGAACUCUAAGGAACUUCACCGGUCGUGA